UAUUACGUCAUCAAAAUGCGCUAUGUUGUUAUUCCAGCACGAGCCUUUUAACAGCUAUAAGAAAUAGGCUGAAUUAAAUACAUCUCGAAAUAGCAAAACGAAUCUAAUGAAUUUAUCUUGCUAAAUAGAGUUUCGAAAAACUCUGGUAUCUGCUCACAUAGUUUUAACUGGCUCGCAGGCAAGCUUGAACCGAAAACUCUGUUACAACCACAUUCUGCAAUUGUUAGCUAGCAAGCUACAAUAAAUUAGAGCUCCACAUAGCUUGCUAACUCGCUCAACUCGACCAUGUGCCAGGUUGAUGAGGAAUACAAUGGACAGCUAGAUCACAGAGUGACCCCACGUGUCUCCAAGAAGUGUGUCAAAUGCAAAGAAAAUACAACUGUAUUGAUCAUCCGAGCUGGAGAUGCAUUUUGCAGGGGCUGCUUCAAGGAGUACUUCAUACACAAGUUCCGGGCCAUGCUGGGAAAGAACCGGGUCAUUUUCCCUGGAGAGAAGGUUCUUCUUGCAGUGUCUGGAGGGCCAGCCUCUAGCUCCAUGCUGUCACAGGUUCAAGAGGGUUUGAGUCGAGACGCACCCAAGAAGUUGAGAUUUGUCCCCGGAAUUAUCUACAUAGAUGAGGGCGGUGCCAGUGGUCAAAGCAUGGAAGAGCGGAAGAGGACAGUGGCUCAACUGGAGUCAGUUUUCAGAGCCACUAAUUACCAUUACCACAUAGUCCACCUGGAGCAGGUACUCAGUCUCCCCAGCUCCGUGCUAGAGGCAGGAUCCUCGGCAACGGGAAAACCUCCGACUGGGUCGAGUUAUAAAGCUGCUGUGGACCACUUCAUCCCGACCAGGAAGAACCAGAACCAGCACCCAGACCUCUCUGUGGAGAAUGCCCAGAGUCACCUGUCCAAUCUGAGCAUGCAGGAGGUCCAGAAUGGAGUAACCAGCCCCAUCACCCCUGAACACACCCAAGCCCUUAAGAGACUGUUUGCCUCUGUGAGGACACCGACAGCCAAAGAGGAUUUGCUACAUACACUGAGGCAGCACCUGAUUCUCCACACAGCGAGGACGCAGGGCUACACCAAGGUGAUGAUGGGGGACAGCUGCUCUCGCCUGGCCAUCAAACUGCUCAGCAACAUCUCUCUGGGGCGAGGGGCAUCGCUGGCAACGGACACGGGCUUCUCAGAUCCUCGCCACGGAGACGUGGUCAUUGUCAGACCCAUGAGGGACUACUCCUCUAAAGAAAUAGCCUAUUACAACAGAAUGUUUGACAUCCCCUCGGUCUUCAUCCCUGGCCUGGACUCUAAGGCACAAGACAAGGCCAGCAUCCAGCGCUUGACAGAGAGCUUUGUCACCAAACUCCAGACGGACUUCCCCUCUACUGUCAGCACAAUCUACAGGACCAGUGAGAAGCUCCACACAGCAUGUCCCCCUCAGAACACCAACACACAACUCUCUGCUAAGUGCCUACUGUGUGUCUGUGCCUUGGACACUAAACUAGAGGAGUUCUCUGCCUACCAGGCCACACUGAUCUCAGAGCAGCUGUCUCAGAGGCGGGGCCCAGGCCCUGAGUUCACCCCUGGUACAACAGCAGCUCCAGGGUCGCCUCCAGCCUCCUCGGCAGGCCAGGGACACUCCUCUGGAGGGGGCCAGAGUCAGGGGUGUGAGACUGGAGAUGGGGGCUGCUGCUCCUCUGCUAAGGAGCCAGAGACAGUGGAUCUUAAAAGCCUGUUGUGUUACAGUUGUAGACUGACCAUCAAAGACAUGACUGCAUUAGAUGCCCUUCCCCAGUACAUACUGUCAGAGGCUGAGAGGAGAAGGUCUCAGAUGAGGGAGGAGAUCAGUGAGUUCCUGCUAGAUGAGGAAGAGGAUGAAGCCAUCCCGAGGGUCAAUGGGUCAUAGUGACUGGACACUGUCCAUCGGCACUGCAGUGACACUGUUCCCUUGGCAACUCUACAGCCAAGGCUGUUUGUCACAAUAUAAACUAAUACCAAUUGCUUUUCUUAUUUAUUUUCAGUCCGUUUAUUAAUUAUUUGUCUAUAAGACAACUAUAGACAGUUUAAAUCAAUCUUAACUGCACCCAAAAUGAUUUGUACAAGGCACUGCUUGGUGGUGAAUCUAACAUUGAUUCAGGUCUAACUAAUGAAUUGAAUAUAUGAUGCUGAAACAAUUUGUUUUUCCAUGUCAGGAAUGAGAAGGAUCAUUUAUUUGUACAGAUGAACAAUAUUUUCAUUGGUUUAGGAGCUGAAUCACAUUAUAUUGAAAAUAGAAAUGAUUAUUCUUCCACAACAGAGAUCCUAUAGCAACAACCUGCAUGGUUCUACAUUAGAACUCCCAUCAGCAUCACACAGGUUCUCUGAAAAUGAGAGCAAACAUAUGGCAAUAAAGUAAAACACAUGUUUAUUAAAGUUAGGAAAGGUUUUGGUUUUACGUUUUUGCAUAUAGAUUUAUGCAUAUUGGCAACUACUCAAGCAAUGGUUGAACCAUAUUGUAACAAUUCAGAAAAAAAGAUUUAAGGCACAAUGGUAGAUGUGUUUCCUGUAUAGAGUCACAAUUUGUCGAACUACUCUAGCACAACAUUUUCUAGAAAUGGGGCUAAUGUUGCCUUAUGCGUUAGUCCAGCAUGGAGACAUUUUGUAUGCUUCAGUCUUUACUCUGUACAGUGUCGCUAUACUCUCAUUUAACCACAAUAUAUUUUACACUUGUAAAAAAAUGUAAGAUUCAAGUCUUGCCAUCAAUAAGCCUGUAACUUGUUGCAAUGUACAAAGUUAGCUUUCCUCCCAACUGAAGUGUUUCAAUUUGUAAACAGUUUGAGUAAGACUCAGAGAUUUGGCUGCAUAUGAUCUAAUAGUGUUUUGAUUGGAUACAAACACCCUACUUUGGGUCCUUUUUCUCUCAAAUUGGCCCCUUUGGCGCUGCAUUAGUCCACACUGUGCUGGUCAGCGUAGUGAGGAUCCAGCCUCUGACCUGUCUGGUGGCCUGGCUCUUCAUUAAGGGGUAGUGUCUGUAGGUCGAGCCGGCCAUCACACCUCAUUCAGAAGCCGAUCUUUCUGUUGGAACACAGGCAAUAAGACAAGAGGAGCCUGGGUUUUGUCUGUGGGCAAAGUGCAAAGCAUCUAACCUGCCCUUCUGAUUGGAGAGGCCUAGCCAACCCUUCCAUAACCAGGGGACAGGCACUGGAACAGACCCUCGGACGUCACACAGCCUCUGGCUCACUGUCUUCUCAGUACAGCCCACCAGCAGAGGCAAAUAGCACUCUUUAGUGUACAGAAACAGACAAAACGUCCCUUUCCCCCUGGUUAAGAGAAGGGGUUAGUGCACAGUGAAACUAGACCCACUGGAGCUAGCAUUGGGUCUUUUAGAAGAAGACCAGGUAGAGGCACCCCUGUGUGUGAGACAGCCCCAACCAGGGGUGCUCUGGAUGGGACAGGACAGCUGGGGAGGAGGGGGGCUAGCGAUUGUCACUUGAUAGCUUGUCUCUUGUCCACUUAAUCAUAGUCUCUGGUGAGCGGUAGAGGAAGAUGAGUUUGGAGUAGAGCUCCUCUUCCAGCUCUAGCUCUCCUGUCUCCCUGACCAGGAAGAUGUCUGUGCACAGCUUGAGGAUACGGUUAACACAGGGCAGCUCCUCAAACAUAAUGGAGUGCGAGAUCUCACUGAAGAAGCCCCUCACAAACUUCCCGAUCACCAGCACCACAGACACGUACAGACCCAUGAUCCUGCAACAGAGAACAAGUGUAGACUGAGCAUAAUUGAACAUAGACCUCUCUUCUAUUCAAAAUACAGUAAUUUCCCACUCAAUAGUUUGAAUGUAAAUCUAGUGUAUUAGAUUAGCUGGACUUGGCUACCAUUGAGAAGACCGGUAGGCACAGAUCCUUACCCAUAUCCUGCCAGGAAACCUAGGCUGGGGGGGCUGACUUUGUCGUUGAAGAUGACCAUGGGCAGGACGCCGCAGGCCCCUGUGGACGGAGGACAGUCGGCGAUGCUGAUGUCCCACCACUCCUGGGCCCCACGGGUGCUGUUCAGAGAGCGGUCCCUCAUCAGAGACAGUGUUACAUCCUGGUAGCCCUCCUCGUCACCUGCAACAUAACAUGGUGUCAGAGAGACAGUAACACAGACUGACUGCCUAUGUUUCAGCUUUGAGCUUCCUUAUAGACAGGUUGGUUGUCUAGCAACAUAACCGAUGCGUGCGCAACUAUGGGGCAAAACAGACGGAGUUGGCUUAGAUUGUUGACACCAUGUCAACUAUAUAUAUCGCCUCCAAUGUUUAUUGAAUAAAGAAAGAAAGCUGAACAAUGA